CUCUUUCACAGCCAAUAGACAGGACGUAGUUCGUGAUGUGGAGCCUUUGCCGUCAUCUCUUCUAUGAAAUCUUUCGGUCAAAGCAUUGACUUCUUCUCCCGGGAUAUUGUGAACUCAGCACAUCAGAUUGUGAUAUCAGAAGUGCCGAAUCAGACAGACACUCUACACACAACAUGGGAUCGAUAGAGAGGAAAGAGACAUCACAGGUGUCGAGACGCACCCACGCUCUCUCUCGCAUCACCAACGAGACCAAGAUCCAAGUCUCUCUCUCAAUUGAUGGAGGCGCACUGCCAGCUUACGAACAAUCGGAGACCUUCCCUGCACUUAUACCGGCCCCACAAAAGGAAACAUAUCCAGAUGUUCUCGUUCCUUUACCAAAGUCACAUCACGCGACGCAAAUAACAGCUACCCAGCAAAUCGCCAUCUCAACCGGGAUUGGUUUUCUGGACCACAUGCUUCAUGCUUUCGCAAAGCAUGCUGGCUGGUCUUUGGCCAUCAGAGCCUCUGGAGACCUGAUCAUCGACGACCAUCACACCGCCGAGGACGUAUUUCUUGCCGUCGGUUCGGCUUUCAAUGCUGCAUUGGGUAAACGGACGUCUCUAGUCCGCUUCGGCCGUGGUGAUGCGCCACUCGACGAAGCACUGUCAUGGGCCGUCAUUGACCUUUCGAACCGACCUUACAGUGUCAUUGACUUUGGCUUCACGAGGGAGAAGAUUGGGGAUCUCAGCACAGAGAUGCUUACCCACGGCCUGGAAAGUUUUGCCCAAGCAGCCAGUGUGACUUUACACAUCAAGUGCGUUUACGGUCACAACAACCACCACAGAGCAGAAAGUGCUUUCAAGGCUCUCGCCGUUGCUUGCAGACAGGCUUGUGAGCGAAGAGCUGAGGGUGCUAUUGGCAGCGGAGAUGUCACAAGCACGAAAGGUGUGCUCGGAUCUAGUGUCAACGGUUGAGAAGGAUCUUUCUCAACUCUCGUGUCAUGUUUAGUAUCUUGUAUAUAAGUACUUUGCGCGUCCUCUGCGAUUGCUGCAUUGGAGAAAGCCAACAACUGAACGCUCAUAAACAUCAAGAGUUGCCAAACCACAGUGACAAUGCUGUGGGAAUCACGGUAGCCAACAGCCAACAAAUGCCAUUCAAAAUGCGUCAUCCCAACGCAAACCCGUACUGUUGAUCAAUGAUAGAGGUACACCCAACACCUU